AAAUACGAAGAUGCGCGCACGGUUUCUCUUCACGAAACACUGAGCCGUAUUUUGGGAACCGCUCAAGCGCGAGUUUCUUCUCAAAAUCCCAAUUCCCUUCCCUCCUACCCUCACCUGGCUGGUUUUGUACUCCAAAACUGUCCUCCCUUCGAAGGCAAAAAUGGAAAUCUUUUUCCUACGGAGAUCCUGAUGCUCAUUCGCCAAAUAUCCACACCCUUCUCUUUUGCUUCCCUUUCACUCCAAAAUCAUGCUAAGGUCUCGCUUUCUCGUAGUUUCCCUUCGAAACGGAUCGAGGGUCUUUAGUCGGACUACUCCAUCGACUAGGGAACUAUAUUUAGAGAACUUGGAAGCUUUUCUACUUUUGAUGAGGGUUUAUCCUUUUCAGAGCUUCCAGUCCCGGGGCUAUAUAAAAGGAACAGACUACAGGGAUCAUAAGCUACCAAGAAAGCUUCCAGAAGAUAAUGAGUUGCAUUCCCGAUCAUGGGGAAAUUAUGUUAUUCCCACAGCUGUGCUAGCGAUUGCUGGAGCAGGCCUACUUAUACACUACAAUGAUGAGAAGCGAGCAAUCCCAAAAGGAUCACAUCAACAAACAAACUCUGAUGGGAGUAAAGUCAACAGACCUGCAAUUGGAGGCCCAUUUAAGCUGUUUGACAUGGAAAAGAAUUUGGUAACUGAGUCAAACCUUCGGGGUAAUUGGACACUGAUGUACUUUGGGUACACUUCUUCCCCUGAUGUUGGACCAGAAGAAGUCAAAAAGAUGGCUGAAGUCAUCCAGAUAUUAGAGUCUGAACACAACUUCAAGAUCACUCCUGUUUUUGUCACCAUUGACCCUCAGCGUGAUUCCCCUGCUCAACUUAAGGCAUACCUUGGAGAAUUUGAUUCAAGAAUAAUAGGGUUAACAGGCCCUAUUGCGGCUGUAAGACAGAUGGCACAGGAGUACCGUGUUUACUUCAAAAAAGUUGAUGAAGAAGGCCAAGAUUAUCUUGUGGAAUGUUCACAUAACAUGUACCUGUUAGAUCCAAACAUGGAAAUUUUGAGAUGUUUUGGAGUGGAAUAUGAUGCUUUGCAGUUGUCUAAUGCGAUAAUGAUGGAGGUGAAGAAGGCAUCAAAAUGACCAACCUUCUAUGUACCAUUUCUUCCUGUGAUUUUUUUUUUAAGAUGAUUCUCAAGAAAAAUUGAAGGCAUAGAUUGAAAGAUAGAGCUCAAGAAAAAUUCUUAUCAAUUCUGCGGUUAACAAUAUUGUUCGGGAAAAAAAAAACAGCUAGCAACUUUUCUUCUGAAUAAAAUUACAGGUGAAAUGGCUUUGUAAUUUUAUGGAAAUUUUGUCUUUCACACAACAAUUAGUGCAAAUUUCUAAUUCAAGUUAGGAAGCUAUGCAGAAUCCAUUUGUCUAUCUUCGAUGAUGUUGUGUUUUGUCAUCCUCCCCAAUAAACAUUCUUUCAAUUUGGUUAGACUUCACCA